UCAAAUAAAGUUUUAUUAUCUUUCAGUCAACACACAGACUCCCAAAAGACUCAAAAAUCAAAUCAAAAUGUUCAAAUUUGUGAUUCUCUCUGUUCUCUUCGCUGUAGCUGUGGCCCGUCCUGGAUACCUCGAAUCAUCUCCUGUGGUCUACUCAUCUCCAAUUGUCUAUGACCAUAGCUAUAGCAAAUAUGGUGGAUCGUAUAUCAAGAGCUUGCCCAGCACCGUGUCGCAUCACAGUUCAAGCAUCAUCCAUGAUUCAGCACAUUUCGUUGAACCAAUUAUUGCUCCAGUUGUGAAGACCUACGCAUCCCACCCCAUCGUCAAAUCUUAUUCUGCUCCUAUUGUCAAGUCGUAUGCUGCUCCCAUCGUCAAGUCUGUCUACAGUCCUUACACCUCAUACGCUGCCUCACCAAUUCAUCACAGCUAUUCAGCUCCAUCAGCUCAUUAUGAAUACCUCGAGUCUACCCCAGAACACUACUCCUUCCAUGAUUCAACUCCAGAUCACUAUUCCUAUGGACACUCCUCACCAUUCUCGUACGCUUCUUCGUGGUAAGGAAAACGAAAUCGCUAACAUAGAAUAGGAAUUUGAUUGAAUUGUUUGUAUAAAGUUAUUGAAAAAAAUAAAUAUCGUUAAUUAGAAAAAUAAUGUAAGCUAC